ACGUGCUUACGACCUUUUGCCGAGAAUGACAACAGGACCUCAAGCUCUGGCUGUCAAACGAGUUUGACAAAAGCGACAACAACAACGCCACCCCCUUGCACACCAUCAAAAACGUUAAAAUGUCAAGUGGUCGAAGAGAACAAAGAUUUUUUGCCGUACAGUGAUUCUUCCUCACCAACUUCCGAUCUUUCUCCGAACAUCGAUUCCCGCAAUGAACAUCUUCAGGAGCAAGAACUAACGGAAAAAUCGCCGAUUUGGACGACAGAAAAGCUGCAGCAAACAACAACUGACACGAACAUGGGCGACGACGACAGUGACGGAGGUAGUGGCGAAGACACUUCCAGUUCGCAAAAUCCAUAUUUUUAUGAUGAAACCAUAUGA